AUGGAAGCGGUUGGCCUUGCAGCAAGUAUCAUUGCCAUCAUCCAGUUAUCCAGCAAACUGGUCUCUAUAACCUAUAAUUAUAUCAGCGACUCCCAAAAGGCACCAAGAGAUGUCAAAAACCUAGCCAACGAGUUACACACCCUCGUAGGGGUUCUUGACAACCUAAAGGAUUACUUAGACGAAAAUCCUUCGUCCCCAGCUCUACAAAAGCUUGUAGGGAAGGGCGGGCCGAUCCAAGUUUUUACCGAGGAGAUGAAUGCACUCUAUCGCAAAUUCAGUGCAAUCGACUCUUCAAAGCUUACUGCGAAGCUUGGCUGGCCUCUCAAGGAUAAGGAUAUCACGCAGACACUCUCGAGUAUUGAGCGACAUAAGACGGUUUUUAUUUUUGCUAUGAAUGUAGAUCAAUUAUCAUUAUCAAGAGCGAUAGAGGCUUAUGUGAUUGAUAUUGAUGAUGCAGUUAAAUAUAUCAACGCCUGUAUUCAGGGCACAUCUUCCGCGGUGCAGGAGAUCAAGGAGGACGUUAAGAACACAACUUCUACGGUUCAGGAGAUCAAGGAGGAUGUUAAGAAUACAGCUGCUACGGUUCAGGAAAUCAAGUCUGAUGUGGGGGGUACCAAUGUAGCUAUUCAGGCUCUUCAGUCUACUCAAGACGCGGAAGAUCGUAUAAAGAUAUUGAACUGGUUAUAUCCAGAAUCUUUCGAAACAAGGCACCUUGAAAUCAGUGGAAGACGGCGGGAAAAAACCGGCGAAUGGCUUUUAAAAUCUGCCGAGUUUGUUGAAUUUGUCAGAAAUAAUCAAAGUUCACCGAUACUAUGGGGGCACGGUAUUCCUGGUGCAGGCAAGACAUUUUUGAGCUCUGCAGUUAUCGAUCACCUCCAAACCGAGGCACGGAAAAACAAUUAUAUGGUAUCUUAUAUCUACUUCAACUACAAGGAGCAAAAGCAACAGAAACCCCUUCAGAUCCUUGCCAGCUUGGUCAAGCAGCUUGCCUGUCAGACAUCACAACUUCCCAGCUACAUCGUUGACCUACACACCCGGCUCACAAAAGAAACUAAACAGCCUACUGAACAGGAAUUAUAUUCCGCCCUGGUCUCAACUUUGAAAGCCUUUGGGCGAGUCUUCUUUGUUUUCGAUGCUUUGGAUGAAUGCCAUCAAACCGACCGACGGACAACUCUCUUACCAUUGUUUCACCGCAUGGUCGGAGAAAAUCCGAGCAUAAGGAUUUUUCUAACGAGUCGACAACACCCCGAAGAUAUUCAGGCCUCGUUUGAGAAGUCAGCAAAGGUCGAGCUUCGAGCCAACGACGAAGAUAUAAAGCUCUAUAUUCAGCAGGAAAUCAACGAAAACCCCCGGGCAAAGAGUCUUACUAGUAAAGGCGAUCGCCUGAACACGAUUAUUUCAAAACUUACAAAGGCAGCAAAUGGGAUGUUUCUACUAGUACACUUCCAUAUUGAUCUCAUCUGUCAACAGACAACACCCAGAAAACUCAUGGCUGAGCUUGAGAGGCUUACACUCGAUGGCUCGAGACCAGAAAGCAAUCCCUUGGAUCCCACCUAUAAUAGAGCUAUAGAAUCGAUCCGUUCUCAGCCCGCAAAUUUUGAACUGGCAAAAAGUGUCUUUACCUGGCUCGUGAAGGCUCAGAGAACUCUUUCCCUCGACGAGCUUCAAAUUGCGGUAUCUAUGGAACCCGGUAUCCGUGAGCUCGAAGAAGCUGAUUUGCCAAACAAAAAGACUCUUCUCGAUGCUUGUGCUGGGUUAGUGAUAAUUGAUGAGAAAAGCGGGAUAGUGCGUCUUGCGCAUUACACAGUUCAGGAAUAUCUAUUGAGAGUCCUUCUGAUUCCUGAGGAGGCCAAUCUAUAUAUUGCCACAUCUUCUAUAUCAUUUCUCAUGCUCGAUAUAUUCGGUGGUAAGGCUAACGUCAACUGGCCUGAAUAUGAUAUAUUCGGUCGUAAGGCUAAAGUCAAUUACUGGGAAUAUGAUGACUUUGGUAGUAAGGUUAAAGUCAACAGGAAAUAUAAGAUCUCCGGUUCAGAGACUAUCUUCCAAUGGCCCGAACAUGAUUCUCCCUUCUUAGAGUAUGUAGUCAUGCAGCUACCAUUCCAUCUAAGGCAUUGUGAUGAAAAGUCGACAACGGAACCCAUCCUUAAGCUCUUCGGAGACCAGAAGAGGGUUGAGUUUUAUUCGCGGACAAGAAAUCUUUAUCUCAAAGCUCGCAUGGGAACGGUGUAUGGUUGGUCCUACGGCGCACCUAUACCUAAACAAUCGCAAUUGCAGUUGUUAUCCAUAAUAGGUCAUUUCUCAGCGCUUCGAAUUGUCCUCGAACAAAAGGAUGAUGUCAUGACAAGAUGCGAUAAAUAUCAUGGAUAUACCGCACUGCAUUAUGCAGUGAAUGAAGCACAUAUUGAAGUUGCCCGACUGCUCAUCGAUCAUGGUGCAGAUGUCUCCGCGAGGGACUCAGGCCAAAAAACACCGCUGCAUGAGGCACUGGAGAGGGGACACCUGGAAAUAGCUCGACUACUCAUCGAUCAUGGUGCAGAUGUCUCCGCGAAGAGCUCAUACCAAAGUACACCGCUGCAUGAGGCAGCCGAGGAGGGAUACCUGGAAAUAGCCCGACUACUCAUCGAUCAUGGUGCAGAUGUCUCCGCGAGGGACUCAGGCCAAAGAACACCGCUGCAUGAGGCAGCGGAAAGGGGACACCUGGAGGUCGCCCGACUGCUCAUCGAUCAUGGCGCAAAUGUCUCCGCGUCCACGAGUGGCUGGACAAAUGGCACACUACUGCAUGUGGCAGCGGCAAUGGGACACCUGGAGGUCGCCCGACUACUCAUCGAUCGUGGUGCAGAUGUCUCCGCGAGGGACUCAGGCCAAAGAACACCGCUGCAUGAGGCAGCGGUAAUGGGACACCUGGAACUAGCCCGACUGCUCAUCGAUCAUGGUGCAGUUGUCUCCGCGAAGGACUCAGGCCAAAAAACACCGCUGCAUGAGGCAGCGGUAAUGGGACACCUGGAGGUCGCCCGACUGCUCAUCGAUCAUGGUGCAGAUGUCUCCGCGAAGGGCUCAAGCCAAAGAACGCCACUGCAUGGAGCAGCGAAAAGGGGACACCUGGAAAUAGCCCGACUGCUCAUCGAUCAUGGUGCAGAUGUCUCCGCGAAGGGCUCAUACCAAAAAACACCGCUGCAUAAGGCACUGGAGAGUGGACACCUGGAAAUAGCUCGACUACUCAUCGAUCAUGGUGCAGAUGUCUCCGCGAGGGACUCAGACCAAAAAACACCGCUGCAUGAGGCAGCCGAGGAGGGAUACCUGGAAAUAGCCCGACUGCUCAUCGAUCAUGGUGCAGAUGUCUCCGCGAAGAACUCAGAACAAGAAACACCGCUGCAUAAGGCACUGGAGAGGGGACACCUGGAAAUAGCUCGACUACUCAUCGAUCAUGGUGCAGAUGUCUCCGCGAGGGACUCAGACCAAAAAACACCGCUGCAUGAGGCAGCCGAGGAGGGAUACCUGGAAAUAGCCCGACUGCUCAUCGAUCAUGGUGCAGAUGUCUCCGCGAAGAACUCAGAACAAGAAACACCGCUGCAUAAGGCACUGGAGAGGGGACACCUGGAAAUAGCUCGACUACUCAUCGAUCAUGGUGCAGAUGUCUCCGCGAAGAACUCAGACCAAAAAACACCACUGCAUCAAGCAGCGUACCGGGGAUACCUGGAAAUAGCCCGACUGCUCAUCGAUCAUGGUGUAGAUGUCUCCGCGAAGAACUCAUACCAAAGAACACCGCUGCAUGAAGCAGCGGAAAUGGGACACCUGGAGGUCGCCCGACUGCUCAUCGAUCAUGGUGCAGAUAUCUCCGCGAGGGACUCAGACCAAAAAACACCGCUGCAACUAGCAGAAAUGGGGCGGAGUUACCAAACGUUUCGCUUUCUGGAAAGUUGUGUUGAACGCUUACCCGUAUCCACAAAGUGCCUUGUUCAUGAUACACAGCAUAAUUCCACCAGAAAGCGGGAACGUCCAGAAGAAUCCGAGCAGUUAGAAGCUCGCAAACGACGCGCGUUACUUGAAAACAGACCAAGUCUCGAAGGCCAGUCCAGUGAUACACUUCCCUCGAUAGACAGCGUUAUGGACAUGGGUUUGUGA